GGAGGGGUUUGCUCUGGGAGCUGUUGGCGCCUGGAAAAAAAUCCCUGUAAACCAGGCAAAAAGCAGGAAGAGUGCUUUCCCCCACCUAUCUCCUAUAAUAACAUCCUUAUUACAAAUGCAUGUUUCUGGAGGGCUUCUGUCUGCACUGUGCAACUAAUUACUGUUUUUCCCUAGAAUCAACUAGUUUUUACUUCAAAGUGACUUGGCAGAUUUCUGUCAGUCGUCGCAUUGGUGACUGAGGAGGGGAAGGCAGCAGCUACACGGAGCAAAACUUGGGGUUUGGGACAGCACGGAUUGUGUUUUUGUUGAAACAACCCAUUGAAAACUUUCUGAUCCCAGUGCUUUGCAUUAAGCUGCUCAGCUUAUUAUUUGUGAUAGAACUAGAGCAUGAAGGAUGGACUUAAAAGGGUGAGGUGCAGAACCAUUUUUCUGUGUUCAGUUCACGUUCUCAGGAUAAUCCAAUUUCCCAAUUUUUUUACCUAAAGAGGAAAAAAUGGAAUCAGAGAAGAAAUACGUUUUAAGUGGAUUCAAUUACAUGAUAGCCCUGCAAAGUAUAGCUAGACUUGUUUUAAAUAUCUUACAAUUCCCUACGGGUCAAUAUUCUAUUGGUCAUUAUUAUAUAUAUUAUACACAGGUCAAGUAUAUUAGUCAAAAUCUGGGUUUAUUUAGCCUAUAGCAUGUUAAAAUACAAAUUGGGAUAUAGUAGAUGGUGCUUUCAGCUUAAAUGGAGAAAAAAAUGCAUAUGUGCUAUGGAAGAAAAAAAUGGCAAGUGAGGUAUGAAGAUGUAUCAGACAAAUAUAAAGCAAGUGCUAUGUGGAAGAAUGAAAAUAAAAUUUCAUUGGCAAAAUUACCUUUUUCUAAAUAUGGAGCAUCCUGUGUAACCUGCAUACCUCUUGUGUGCUGCAACAGCUUUUUCCUUCCGAAAUCUAAUAUAGGGAUGUGUUUAUCAUUGCUCAAGAAAACAGCUGGAAAUACAAAAUAUUCCAUUGUAAUCAAUCUGUUCUCACUUCCUCUUUGCACAGCCAGGCUCAUAAAGCAGAACAGGAUUGUUUCAAAAUUAUCUGUCAGCCUAGGGAAAACACCAGUUUUCCUAAUACAUGCUAAAAAUGCUUUUCCCUCCACUUUUUUUUUUUUAAAGCAGGUUGCCAGUAUGAAAACAGUUGGGUUUCUGAAUCCAGCCCACGUGAAAUAUGUGGGUGUAUAUGAUCAAUAUAGGGGAGCAAUUUGGGUAGCUAAAUUUGGAUUCAAUUCCCUGUCUGUAUUCAUAAGGAUUGAAGAAAGUCUGUAAAUGACAGUUAUGGUACUGUAUUCACCCUUUAUGUAUAUGCUCAGGAGACCUUCUUCCAUGGAAUUUUAAUUCACUGAAAUUCCCUGUCCGUAUAUAUGCCUUACAGUUUUACAUGUAAAAUGAGAAAAAUUAUGUUUUCUGUUUGGCAUAUUUAUAGUCUAAUAACCAGAAAUAAAAUUACCUAGAUAGUCCAUAUAACUGGAAAACAAUCCUUUGUCCUUUAUUAGUUUACAUAUACAUAUAUUAUGUAUAUUUGUAUAUAUAUUCCAGGAGCAAGCUGUGACUGCUUAAAAGCACCUAUUUAUUGGUGAAGAUUCUUCUUAAUCCUAAUCAUAAAAAUGAUGAGGCUAAAUUAAAGGUUUAUUAGCAAGUGAUACUCUUUUUAUUGCAUGAUCAAGGGCCGUCACAUUAUAUGUUUAUCACAGGAAACAGUCCAUAUAUGUAAUUUAUCUUUAUGGAAAGCAUUGAGCAAUUUAACUGUUGUUCACAUGAAGGUAGGUUCAAAAAAUGCCUUGGCUGUUGGCGAGAGCCAGAUGUAAAUGGUUCUGGUUCUGGAAUGGUAACUACUAUUCCUCCUAAGCCUGUCUUAAAAAUCCAGGGAGCAGUGGGAACUGCAGGGGGCAGAAAGGGUCCGUUCUCUUGCUGUACCUACACUGCAUUCUGCCUUGGCAGACCAUUUUAGUGCUGUGCUAUUCGGUUUUAAUACACACCUUUUCUGUGAAUAAGCUUUUACGAGCUCCAGCUCGUGCUUCAGUUUGCUUUACAGCCAGUGCUUCCAGCAGAAUGGCUCUAAAGCCUGGUUUAUAGUGGGAAAGCUGUCACCUGAACAUAUAUUUCAAUCCUCAGUCAGAACCAAGGGGCAAUGAUCUAUGUGUCUUUGUAGGCGCUGGGAUUGUGGUGAAGAUUUUCAGUGUUUUUGCUCCCGAAGCGUUGGCUAUGCCAGGAUUGGAGCUGUCAUCACGGUGCAUUGUUGUAUCCACACGAGGAGUGAGGCUGUGACUUGCCUCAUCUCACUGCAUCUUGGCCAAACUCAAGUGCAGCACUCGUACAAGCUGUUCUAGGCACAGGGCUUGCUGUGGUGUAAUUGUGUUGAUGGUGGUGAAGCCCAAGCAAAGACAAAACUGUCAUGCUCGUGAGUGGAACAGGAGAAGAGGGAGAAAUCCAAAGACUGAUUCUUGAAAUUGUAGUUAUUGUGAUUAAAAGUUGGAACUAGGUUUUAGGGCUCAAGUUGCGUGUAAAGUGACACAAAAUUAGGUGGACUGUGUCAUUGUUGGGACUUUGACUUGUAACUCUUGAUUUUUAAUUUGCUGUGGUUAAAAUCUGUUUAAUAACCUGAUGGCAAAGCUCAUGUUUCUGUAGGCCAUGGACCUUACCUUGAAUAUUUUGAUGUGAAAAUUACCUCACACUUAAUUAAGUAACACUCCAGAAGAGGUCUUAAAUUUGUCACCACUACUCCCCAUUCAGGAAUUAUAGAGCAGACAGAGAAUGCUGAAAAGGCUUGUGCCAGACCUUCGUGUCAGCUUUUUCCAUUUUUUCUGUAGGGUCACACUUGAAACACUUGUGUUAUUCCUUUAGAAUUAUAGAUGAGAAAAAUCUGUUUUGCAGUGCUGAAUGUAGCUUUUGUCCCCAUCAGUGAGCAAUUACACAUGUAGAUGCAUCUUUGUGUCCAGGAGUUGGUAAGUAGUGGUUUCAUUGCUGGAAAGGCAACUGAAUUUAUGAUUAAAUUCCCUCUUCCUAGAUUAUAUGCCUUGGAGGAAAACUGUCUCGUUCUGAAUGGUUCUUACUAUCACUACCCUGAAAAGACUCUUGAUGAUAAAAGUAAACUGGUCAUUGUGACCACAGUCGUGAUAUGCACAAGAUUCUGUGUGGAAUUUCAGAGUGUUUGUUCAGUGCUUCAGCCAAUAGAUCAAAGAAUAAUUGCCUGUCAGGGGCUGUGCUCUCUCACUGACAGCAGCUGCAUUCUGGGGUUUCUGCCUGUUGGAGAGCUUAUCUUGUUUUUCCCAUUAUUCUCUCUUUACAUGGGUCCUACAGACCAAUUGGUCUUUUCAGAUAUGAAGAAACAUUUGCUUUUGUAGGUGAUGACUUUUCAUCAGGUAUCAUUCUCCCCAUGAACUUGUGACUUUGUGUGGCUCCUUGUAAUAUUUUGACAGAUAAUCAAUUCUUAGACUUAAACCUGAAAUGACUUUGGUUCAUUUCCUAACUUUUAAAGUAGAAGAAGCUUAAAACAACUUAGCAGAUAACUGCCGUGUCAUGUUUUCAGUAGCAAGUAUUGUGGUUCACAGUCUAAAUCAGUGUGUCAUGUUCUUGCUAAAGUGACCUUGCAGUCUUCAGGGUAAGCUGCUGGUGGAACUUCUCAUCUCGUGCCUGUUGAGGCACGUUUGCCCUCCAAGGGCCUUGCCCCACGUACCUGUCCAGGAACAGGGAGCUGUUGCUUAGGUGAUUUGCUUCGUGCUGUAUCAGACAGGCCAGGAACCUCACCAGGCUGUGCCACCUUCUCAGGCUCGGUGUUUGGAUUGCUUAAAUUAAUGAGGAAAUCUUAGCUUGUUUUUCUUUAACGUUUUUAGCGUGUGCACCAAACUUCUGGAUUACAAAUCCUGUGGAACAUUUGAAAGAGGAGUCCAGGAUUCAAGAAGCAUGUGUCUCUUUUUCAGCUGCGUACUCUGCUUUGGCUGCCUAAGUGAACUGUCUGAUUGACUCAGGAAGGAUGUUCUGCUUUGCCAUGUGCUGUGGGACCUGCCUUCUCCCUGAAAUCCCAUGAGAAGUGUCAAAGUCAACUGCAAGCUUCAUUGUUCAGGAGGUCUCCAGUUUCAUACCGGAGCAAUCUUCCUUAGUUCUUAACCACUAAGGAUUAAAAAGGUCCUUAGCCCUGCUGAAGGUAACGUUCUCUUUCCUCUCAGUGUGAAGACACAACCUUUUGUGUGAGAGACAUGAGAUUGUAGCUCCAUCCCCAGCAGAAACUUGUGUAUGUGAGACGUGCCAAAUUGAGAAUGCUCCACUGAGUUUAUGUCUCUGGUGCUGAAGAACAUAAUAGGAGACCUUCCUCUUCCUAGUGGUGUUAAUCCUUAUUUUGUAUCCUCUACCGUGUUUUUUUUUAAAUCACUUGUAGGUUUCUGGGCCAAAGGUUAGGAAUUAGUCUUGCACCGUGAACUUGAAGGUGGUGAAUAGCAAUUCUUAAGUUGUGGGAUCUGAACCAUCAGAACUUUUCUGUUUUUUAACAUGGAUGAGAGAGACAAUAAAUGCAGUUUUUUCCCUACUUGUGUUUGUUCCCUGUUGUAGAGCAAGAAGAUAGAGCUGCACAAGCUGAUGAUGGAAAAAAUAGGGAUAUGUUGGACAAGAAGGCUUAUUUCUUUCUUUCUGUGGUCUUAUCAGCAGUCAAAGGUUUGCUCCUAGCCAAGCUGCUUGUCAGAGUAGUUGUGGCAUCUCUUUAAUUUUGUCUGCAUUCAACGAUUUUAUUUGCUUAAUGCUGAAAGCUUUUAAACUGAAAUGACAGUGAGUAGUGUGAAGGUGAGCAGGGUGGAAUGGCUUUGUUUGAUUUGCUGGACUAUGUGUUGAGCUUUAGUUUAAGCCGUCAGAGCUUUAAACCCCAAACAAAGGUUAGGUGAUAGCCUCAUUUUUGUUUCAAGCCUUAAUCUGUAGCGUUAAGGUGAAACCAGAGCUGCAAAUUGCUUGCAAACCUUGUACUCUCCUCCUUUCAUUUGAGGAUUUUCUGUUUCGGUAACUGGUGUAACAAAUUUAGAGGCAAAUGUUACUGGCUGGUAGUGGAAGUUUUCUGCUUGUGAAUUGCUGACUCCCCUUCUCCUGAAUUACUGCUCCUUGAGUUGAGCAAAAAAAAGUGUUUUCCUUUGGGAUGGACUCUGGGGAUCCUUCUUCUUAACAAAUGCUCUUGCAACUGUUAGUUUGAUUCCCAGUGGUGGCUGAUUUGUUUUAAACCAGGAAAGAUUAACUCGGUUCAAAACCUUGUGUUUCCCACAUUAAACCAAGCACCCACAGUUUUUCCUGUUCAGGUGCAGAUCUAUGGAUUCUUAUGAACUACGAAUUCUUAUGAAGAAACUGGCUUCUUUUUGUCUUUUUCCUGGUAAAUAUAGGGCUUUUUUUUUUUUUAAACAGCCACACCUUUCCAUUUCACUUGACUGACAGCUGCUUUAAAAGGCAAAGUCGUGCAUUUGUCACAUGUGUGGUGCCCACCUGAACAGACUCCACUCUUGCCUCUACUGUGUCUUCUUUGGCUGUUUUACAAAGAAACAUAUUCACGAGCACGCGAAGACAAAGCGACACAAUUUAGCCAUAGACCUUUUGUAUGGGGGUAUAUACUGCUUUAUGUGUCAAGAUUACAUAUACGACAAAGACAUGGAACAAAUUGCCAAAGAAGAACAACGAAAAGCUUGGAAAUUACAAGCCUUCACCCCAACAGUGGUUUCUCACUACCAGUGUACAAUGACAGGCAUUGGAGAGAAGUAUUCAACAUGGGAGCCGACCAAGAGAGAGUUAGAAUUGCUACGACACAACCCCAAGCGAAGAAAAAUAACUACAAACUGCACCAUAGGUCUACGAGGGCUAAUCAAUCUUGGGAACACAUGUUUUAUGAACUGUAUUGUCCAGGCACUUACCCACACUCCACUGCUGCGAGAUUUCUUCCUCUCCGACAGGCACAAAUGUGAAAUGCAAAGCCCCAGCUCAUGUCUGGUCUGUGAAAUGUCUACGCUCUUUCAGGAGUUUUACUCUGGGCACCGAUCUCCUCACAUUCCAUAUAGGUUAUUGCACCUGGUAUGGACUCACGCACGGCAUUUAGCAGGGUACGAGCAACAAGAUGCACACGAGUUCCUCAUUGCUGCAUUAGAUGUGCUACACAGACACUGCAAAGGUGAUGAUAAUGGGAAGAAGGCCAACAACCCCAACCACUGUAACUGCAUCAUAGACCAAAUCUUCACAGGCGGACUGCAGUCGGAUGUUACCUGUCAAGUCUGCCAUGGCGUUUCCACGACGAUAGACCCGUUCUGGGACAUCAGUUUGGAUCUGCCAGGCUCUUCCACCCCCUUCUGGCCGCUGAGUCCGGGCAGCGACGGCAGCGUCGUCAAUGGGGAAAGCCACGUGUCGGGCACCACCACCCUCACAGACUGCUUGAGAAGGUUUACAAGGCCAGAACAUCUAGGAAGCAGUGCCAAAAUCAAAUGUAGUGGUUGCCAUAGCUACCAAGAAUCUACCAAACAACUCACUAUGAAGAAGUUACCCAUUGUGGCCUGUUUUCAUCUCAAACGGUUUGAACACUCAGCCAAACUGAGGCGGAAGAUCACUACGUAUGUCUCGUUUCCACUGGAGCUGGACAUGACACCUUUCAUGGCUUCCAGUAAAGAGAGCAGAAUGAACGGGCAGUACCAGCAGCCGACGGAUAGUCUAAACAAUGAUAAUAAGUAUUCCUUGUUUGCAGUAGUUAAUCACCAGGGAACCUUGGAGAGUGGGCACUAUACCAGCUUCAUCAGGCAGCACAAGGACCAGUGGUUCAAGUGUGAUGAUGCCAUUAUCACCAAGGCAAGCAUUAAGGAUGUGCUAGACAGUGAAGGAUAUUUGCUGUUCUAUCACAAACAGUUCCUGGAGUAUGAAUAGCCUUAUCCAGCAGCUUGUCAGAUGUAAACAAGGAAGAAACAACGCAAGCCUUCUGAAUCGACACACAAACCUACCUGAAAUGAAAAGACCCAUUACAAACCAACUCGCACUGAGCUGUAACAGGACCUACUUGACACUGACUCACAGCCUGGAGAGUGAGAAAUGAACAAUGUCCGACGUGUGUGCAGUCCCACGAGGACAGAAAGGGGGAAAAGAGGCUGCAGUCAGUCACUUAACAGAGGAAAUAUAAAAUGAAAGGAAUGCUCUGGGUGGGGGAAAUGGGAGCAGAGGAGUCCGGGCACUGGUACAUCUCCUGUGUUCCUCCAAAAUGUGUGUGGGAAGGCAAAGGAUUCUACCCUCAUCUCCAUAAAGCAUCUUCUCCAUUCGGUGCUUCAGCUCCAACGACCAAUCAUAUAACAGUUAAAAAUUAAAAAUCCAAACCCAUUUUUUUAUGCAUAUGGGUCUGAAAGCAGUAGAGUGGAGGAGGAGGGGAUGAGACAACUAAAGGACUUUGCAAGUAUCUUUUUAUUUGUGAAUUUUAGUUAUUAAAUAAAUACAGUAUGAAACUAUUAGGCUCUUUUUUUUCCAACAACCAUAAAAGAAAUCCUGGAUUGUGGAACUGAAGCUGCAGUACUCAGACAGGUUUUCAAGCAUGCCUGCUUGCACAGGUAACGUUCAAUGCCAUCGGACUGCUCAUCCAAAAGCAUCAGCACAGAUUCUGUUGUUUGAGCCCUUUUUUGUUUUGUUUUCUAUAAAUAGCUAUUUUCUUAAUUUUUUUUCCUUUUAUUCCCUUUUUUCACGAGAAUGAAAUUCAUAAAUGCAACCAUCAGUAAAAAUGAAUGAAUUGGCGUGUUUAUACUGUAAGAGUGGUCUUGGUUCUUUUUGGUUUUGUUUCGUUUUGUUGUUUUUUUUUUUUUUAAAUCUUGUGAAUAAGUUUGAAUUUCUCAAAA